AUGUUUUCUGCCGCCAUGUUUCGACUCCUCUCGCUCGCUAAUAUUCUCGUCGCCAUAAGUCUCGUUCUUGCUGACCACACCCCAGUCAAGUCAUUCCCGAGCGCCGAUCUCGGUUGGAAUGGCCUUAGGAAAGCCUACAAUGACCUCCAGCCAAACCUCACCGAUCUCCUAGCCGUUGGAGAUCUUGACAAAGAUCCAGUCCUUGAAAAGGCCAUGCACCUCAUCGACAAUCUCGUCACCCAGUCCACCUGUCACCAAGCCGCAGCUGCUCAGCUGUUAAUGACUUGCAAGGGUGCCGGAAAGGAUUUCCCCGAGGGACAGGGCAAGCAUGAACUUCUCGAGAGAGCCAAGUCUGUCUAUGCAGUGAGAGUGGCUGUUUGUGAGACGGGCGAAGGGAGAGCAGCAGUUCCUGCCGCAUGCAAGACGAUCCUGGAUGUCCCACAACGGCCGCACAAUGAGAUCGAUGUGGUCGGUGGCCAGGCUCUGUCGUCCUGCGUCGAGGCCCUGAUGCUUAAACAUUACUACUGGACAAGUUACAGCAACAGCAGACAGAACGCCAAUACCCUGUGUCAAGCCGGCACCCUGGAAGCUACGAGAUUAGAAGCACUUCAUUCUUACCAGAAACUCUUUGAGCUUCUUCCAGAGUUUCGCGAUACGCUGAAAACCACUCGAUCUCAGUGGCAGAGUUUCCUGAGACAACAGGAGGAAGACGCCAGAAAGGUUAAUAAGCUUCAACAGGCUCAUCGAGAUGAGCUUAACCAACAGCACAAGACCGGACUCAGUGCCCUUCGCGAUGCUAUGAGCAUGGCCAAAAAAGGUUUGGAAGAUGUAUCCCAGGCGCUGCAGCUAUCUGUGGCCGGUACUGGGGCGGACAUAACUCAGACUCGUGCAGCUCUUGGAGAUGUUUUGGCCGAUUUCACCGUCUUGAGGAACAUGCUGCACGAAGCCAUCCAGACAAUUAGCCAGAACAAUGCCGAGGUCGCAGCCAUCCAAGAGAAAAAUAUGCAUAAUAUGCAUAAACUCGCCGUGGCCACUGUGCAGGCGUUAAAGCAUCUGCAAGCAGGUGAAGUUGUGCAGGGUGUCGAUGAACUACUUUACCGAGUGAAGGCCGAAAUGCACCAGAUUGUCGCCGCUCAAUCGAUGCAACUAUCAAACGCAGAGCAACAUUUGAAGCUGAGCGAGGAACUCUCCCAGGCCCAGAAAGCCAAUUUAAUUUGGGGACAGCAGAUGAGAGAUUCUUCAGUAUCUCUAGCAUCUGAACUUGACAGUGCCAGCGUCGUUGCCGAUCGAGUGUCGUCCAGACUCGAGAACGUAAACCAAGCUUUAACACAGGUCGAGAAAGCGUCUUUGGUCCUCAGCGCCUUUUUUGGCCUCAUGACAAUUCCUUCUCAGAUGCUAGAGCAUCUUCACUUGAAUUUGCUGGGUGUCUUUGCCAUGCCUUCCAUCGUGCUAUACUUCUGGAAACCAAGACGAUACCCAUACAGCCUUAUGGCUAUAUAUGUUUUCCUCGAGAGCGUCAUAUCUUGCAUCGCGGAAUACCGAGCUACAUUCUCGACUUCCUUUGGACGAGUGGGAGGCCAGUCCCGAGCUAUAUUGAAGCGGAGCCUCCAAAUCUUCAACCAGAAUCAAUAUCUUGCUUGCAUUGGAAUUCUUUUCCUCGUUUGCUCUUCGCUACUUAUAGCCUUCCUUCGGCGAAAGAGCAAGAUAUCUACAAGCUUCAAGAUCACCAAACCUGACGAGAAUUAUGCGUUUGCAAAUCGAUAUUAUCGGGAAUGUCACCUACGAAAUGGUAUAUGCCUUCAACCAGUUGAGCGCUAUCGCCGAGCCGCCACUGUUGGCUAG